UUCUCUAUCUUUCCUUUCCUCUCCGCGCAAUGCUUAAAGUUGUUGAAGGGUUGAACAGCGAUGAUACGCUGUAAACGGUGUCAACACGAGAGCGCGUAAAACAAAGGGAGAGCUACUGACGGUCAAAUUACUGCGAGAAUAAUGGCGAACGACGUCAUUCGCAACGGUCGAUUGCAAGAAUCCACCACGAUUGUACAACGGACGAGGAAUGACAGAGGCAAGAAAGCUCCAGAUAUAGCGGCUGUUGAGAGUCGCAAUUGGUUGUUACAUCGACAUUAUACGAGACACGAGUACAAUGCUUGCAAGUUACUUAUUGAACAAGAAUUAUCCAAAUCAGACGGUCACGAGUACGCUAAUUAUUUGAAGGGUUUAAUUCUGAGAAAAGAGGGUAAAAUUCAAGAUUCGCUGGAUUGCUUUCAAACAGCUUACAACGUGAAUUCAACAAACAUCGAUAAUGUUAAGCAGAUAGCGAAAUCGUUAUUAAUAAUGGGGAGUCAUCAACGCGCGAUAGACGCGUAUAAUGAAGCGGAGAAGAUAUCCAUUCUGCCGGAUUGGGAAAUAUUUUAUGGUCUUGGCGAGGCUUAUACGAAGCUGAAUCAAUUGCAAGAGGCCAAGAAGCAUCUCAAACGAUCAGCCGAAUUAACGAAAAACGAACUGCCCAGUCUCGCUCUCGCGAAACUAUGUUUUCUAGAUGACAUGAUUCCUGAAGCUAGAAACGCUUAUACGGCAGCUUUGAACGCGAAUCCCGAGAGCAUCGAUGCAGCGACGGAAUUGGGUCUUUUGUAUCUAAAAAUUGGAGACACGCAACGAGCAUUUCAGCAAUUCGGAGCAGCACUGGCUCAUUCGUCAAAUUGCGUCAAUGCAAUUCUACCUAUGGCUUAUAUAAUGCAGAAUCACCGAGAGUACGAUGUGGCAUUGUCAAAGUACAAAGUCGCGGCGCAAACCAUUCCAGAAUCUUCGGUGCUUUGGAAUAACAUCGGAAUGUGCCUUUACGGAAAACAAAAAUAUGUUGCGGCUAUUAGCUCUUUGAAACGAGCUCAUUAUUUAAGUCCAUUAUCUUGCAUACCAUCGUGCAAUCUGGGAAUAGUUUUCCUCACCACUGGACAACCUGCGUCCGCUGCGAUUUAUUUAUGCGCUGCAGUUAGCGCCGAACCGAAGAAUCCUACACCGUAUUUGUUACUGGGUCUGGCUCUGAAACGCCUGGAUGACUUAGAAGGCGCUGAGAGAUCUUUAACGAAAGCUCACGCUUUAGCCCCGCAGGAUCCAUUGAUAUUGAUUAAUUACGCCGUAGUUCUCGACGCACGUGAUAAACAAGCUAAUGCCACUGAAAUUUUAAUUGCGCUCAACGAUAUUAUGGCUGUUGUUGAUGUCGACAUACAGAUAUCACAAAUGGCGAAAAAGUUAUCCAAAAAAUUAAAUCACGAGGAAACAAAAUCAAUCGCCAGUGAGGAGCCGCCGACGGGCAAUAGUGAGGAGCGGCUAUUAACUGCUGAUGAAGUUUAAAAGCUACGCCCAAAUUUCAAUUAACGAAAACAUGAGUUUUUUGCAAUUAAAUUAUCUAACAUUUUUAUUGUUCCAUACAGCAACUUAUACGAAAUAGCAACACUUGAGGACAUACA